AUCGCAGCGAAGUAGAUUUAUUAUUGAUGGAGUUUUUGCUGAUGAAAACGGAGAUGAGCCGGUUUUGUAUAUUCAAGAACUUCUGGUUCCAUUAUUAAAGCCGUGGGCAGAGAUAAGAUUCCAAAUUGAACAGAUAAAAUUUAAAAGCUCUUUUGAAGUCAGUGUAAUAAUCAACAGUAAUUUUGUUGCAGGCAAUAAGCAUGAAGAAAUAAAGGCUUUUUAUGGAAAUGCUGUCCUGCCCAACAAGGAGCUUGUAAAAAAUUAUAGAAACUUGAUUGUCAGCGUUGUUUCCGCCACUUCUGCCGAUUUAAAAGAUAGGCAUGUAUCUGAAAGGCAGUGCACUGGUGUAAGACAAGCCCUGGCCGCUAUAACUGAUAAUAUUAAGUGCAUUAAAAGAUACGACAAAAGCACAAAUACCGGGAGCGCUAUAGCCGCUGCAGCUAC